AUGGCAAAUUUAUCAGCUUGGGCCGUGCCUCGACUCGGCCAGCUUCUACCCCUCGAUGAAGAAUCUCUCAAACAAGUCAUCGACUACUCAGCCAGUCUACCCAAGGAAGGAUGCGCCGAUCACCUCAAAAAUCUCCUUGGUGACUCUCCCGCAGCCCUUGAGUUCAUCGCCUCGUUCAACGCUCGUCGUGAUACCCCUCCAGCCGCCACUUCUUCUCAGGGUGAUGAACGACCGAAUACAAAUGACCGCACGAGGGGGAGGAAUAAAAAGGAAAAGAAACCACUGCACAAUCCGGGCCCGCCCCGCCGUCCUGAUAAUUAUGGCAAUGUGGGAGGAGGCUACAAGAAAGCAGAUCAAGAGGAGGACUACAUUUCUGCCAGUAGAUCAUCACUAUCAGUCCCAACUUCAGCGAAAUCAGCGCCGACUUCGUCCACAUCAUCGCGUACCCAAUCACCAAUGCCAGUGCCCACAUCCUCAAAACCUCCACCCUCCGCCGCCGGGCCCGUACUCUCAGAUAUGCUCCCAAACGUGCGAUCAAAAACAAGCAAGCAGAAACAAACCAGAAAUGCGAGUCCAUCCAAGGGUGGCAAGUCCCUUACUACCAAUAAUAUUUCCGACUUAACAGCCGCAAUCGCUGCUUUGGAGGUAUCAACCAACCCAACCAUUGGUGCUGAGAGAAGGAAAUGUAAUUGCUCUGCGCUACUGCACCCGCUCUUCGACCCAGCUCCAAAUUGUCUCAAUUGUGGAAAAAUUAUCUGCGCUUUAGAGGGUCUACAACCCUGCUCUUUCUGCGGUACUCCGCUAUUAUCUGCAGAGGAAGUGCAAGGCAUGAUCAGAGAACUUCGAGCUGAGCGCGGACAGGAGAAGAUGCGAGCGCAUAAUGAAGGUGUCCAUCACGAUAGUGGACCAAGACCAGUAUCUGUUUCUGGAUCGGCAUCUUCAAGUAAACUUGACGCUGCGCGAGCCCAUCGAGAUAGGCUCAAAAUGCCCAACGGACAAAAGUUGUUGAUGAAGCCGCGGACUUUGAAACCCCCUAAUGUUGCAUCAACCUUAUGGAUGAGUCCAGCACAACGUGCCCUCGCACUGAAAAAGCAACAGCGAAUUCAGCGAGAAAUGGAAGAGAAGGCUCGUCCAGAGUGGGAAAAGAAGAAGACUGUAAUGAGUCUUGAUAUUACGGGCGGUAAAGUCCGCCGGGUAUAUACCUCUGCAGCUGUAGAGUCCACUCCCGAGCCAACGGAACCAGAUUCUAUCGAAGAAGGUGCUGUCCCAGGGUCAUCUAGUGGUCAUGCAUUUAGCAAUAAUCCACUCCUUGCUGCAGGUGGAUUGAUGCGGCCUGUUUGGCGUGCUCCAGACGGCACUAUACCCGAGAAGGCUGAGAAGACUGAGCCGAAACAGACGUGGCGGCGUGUACAGGAUGACAAGGAUGAUAAUGAGCAGUGGAUCUUGGACGGGGGCUUACAUGGACACAGUACAUAG